ACAGAACAUCAUUCAUCUAUUACAGCGAAAAAUCUGACCACAGCCUUGAAAGUGCUGUCGUUGGAUCAGACAAUGGUGGCCUUGUCAGACUAUGGAAGAGAUCAUCGCUUGAUGAAGAAGCUCAUGGUCUCACACCUCCUCGGAACUGCUCCUCAAAGAAAUAAUGCAUUAAUGCGAGAGGAAAUGGUGGAGAAGCUAAUAGCUUCCGUGUAUCUGGAGUUAAAGGAGGCUUGCAAUGAUACAGUGAACAUGAGCAAGAUCAUACUUGAUCACUUGUUUCCUUUUGCUCUAAAUCAAGUGAUAGGCAGAACUGUGGAACCCUUAUACAUUGAAGAACUGGGCUGUAAAGUUGUAUCGGUGCAGGACAUGUAAAAUCUUAUAGUUGGAGUU